UAGCGAACGGAUCUUGCGAAGAUGAACCAAAGGAAUCAGAUCCAGCCAUUUCACAGUACUUCGCUAAUGAUUCGCCAGGAAAUCCAGCGAUUUGAGUCGGUCCACCCUAGCAUUUAUGCCAUAUAUGAUCUGAUCGAGGCUAUACCAGAUCCUUUGGUCCAGCAGCAAGUACGCGAACAUGUCGUCUGCAUUGAAGAUUCCUUUGUGAACAGUCAAGAAUGGACGCUGAGUCGCAGUGUGCCAGACAUAAAGUUGGGCAUCGUGGGCUCCAUCCACAGCGGGAAGUCUGCGCUGGUCCACCGUUACCUCACAGGAUCCUACAUGCAAGAAGAAUCUCCUGAGGGUGGACGCUUCAAAAAAGAAGUGGUCAUCGACGGCCAGAGCUUUCUGUUACUAAUACGAGAUGAGGGUGGACCCCCAGAGGCACAGUUUACCCACUGGGUGGAUGCUGUGAUAUUCGUGUUUAGCUUGGAGAAUGAAUCUAGCUUCAGCGCCAUUUACAAUUAUUAUGCCAAGAUGGCGCACUUUAGAAAUACAGCUGAGAUACCACUUAUAUUAGUAGGGACACAAGAUGCAAUAAGUGAAAGUAACCCACGUGUGAUUGACGACACACGGGCACGCAAACUUGCCAAUGAUCUAAAACGGUGCAGUUAUUACGAAACUUGCGCCACAUAUGGUCUGAAUGUGGAACGAGUCUUUCAGGAUGCAUGCCAAAAGAUCGUCACCGCCAGAAUGGCGACGCCAGCCAUAAGGCCACAGACCCCCAAUCACGGCAGUGGCGGGGGCGGUGUCCCGCGACCUUUCUUCACGCCAGGACAGUCGCAGCCAGCAAACCCAACAGUGCCACCACGAACGUAUGAAUCCCACAGCUCCAGCAGUACCACGUCUGGCUCUGGAAACAUCCCAACUUCCACGCCGCCAAACAGUAGUCAUAAUAUUGCUCAGAAUACUCCGUCAGUAUAUCGCGAGUCCUCCUUCACCAAAGACGACAAAAAGGAGAAGAAGUCCAAGGAGAAGCUGCAUGCUCAGCAAACGCCACAAAUGCAACGACAGUCCCCCCACAUGCAGCUGAACAUACACGAACCGCCACCCCCUCCAAGAGGAGACCAACUCCAGGACAUACGGCUUGAUUCCUCUCCACACAAGCUAUUUCGGACGCCGAGUGCCACACCACAGGCAACACGUAAAAACAAGAAAGCUUUUAAUAUUCAGAAAUCAAAUUCUUUCAAUGCAGGGACGCCAUCUGGUGAUUCGUGGUGGUACAACAAUUAUCUGUGCUCUGUUGAUAUAUCUACCUCUCAGGGCGGCCCAAUCAACCCUGACAACCAACGGGAAAACCGCACCCCAACAAGUACACCAAUUCUUUCUAGGAAAAACAAAAAUAAGUCUAAUUUCCUCAUCGAAAAAGUGGAUAAUUUUUUCAAGGAUUUGCAAAUUCCACCAAAUAGCCCCCUUACACCCCUUCUUGGCAGAAUGACCCGCGUCCGCUCCAGCUUGGACUUAGACAAACCUGAUGGUAAAGAUUUACCCACACCAACUAGCACACCCACUCAAACUAGAAAAAGUAGGAGGCGGUCUAAUUUAUUUACGCCAAGCAAGAAGGAUGAAGAGAGGCUGGGAAGUGGAAGAGUUAUACCCAUUAGACAGGGCUAUCUGUACAAGAAAAGUAGCAAAGGUUUAAACAGAGAAUGGAAGAAAAAAUAUGUGACACUCAAUGACAAUGGAAUGCUUACCUACCAUCCCAGCUUACAUGACUAUAUGGAUGAAGUCCAUGGUAAAGAGAUAAAUUUAAUGAAAACAACGGUGAAGAUUCCUGGACAGAAACCCCGAGGUUCCCGGGGUCCUACUCAGCCUGGGUCCAACGGGGUGACCACAGAGAUGAAUAACCUAUCACUAGGGGGAGGAAAACCUGGCAAUAAAGGCAAAGAAAAUGUGAUGCAGGCAGGGGGCUCGGAUCAGAAGGAAGGCGGUGGUCCUCGUCUUGGUUCUGUCUCCAGUAAUUGUGAUGACGCCAUUGUUAUAUCCAACUCCUCCAUUACGCCAGAUGUGUUUUCUGAUGUUGGUGUCUCUAAUGGCGUGGACACGGCUAUAGCUCAGAUGGGGUUGAGUGCUGCACAGAUGGCCCGAGCUGAGACGCCAAACGUGAAGAAGAGGCAUCGCAGAGCCAAGAGCAGCAGUAAAAACGUGGAGGCUAGUCAGGCAGGAGAUGACUCAGAUGGUUAUGAAUUUGUGAUAGUUUCAUUAGAUAAUAAACAGUGGCAGUUUGAGGCACCCACAACAGAUGAGCGAGAAGGGUGGGUGUCGGCCAUUGAGCAGCAGAUUUUAACUUCUUUACAAGGCAAUGAAAGUAAUAAAGCUAGGAAUCGCAGCAGCACAACAGAUCCUGAGGCAGUGAAAAUGAUUCGCGCUGUCAGAGGAAAUCAGUUCUGUGCCGAUUGCAUGUCUCCAAACCCAGACUGGGCUAGUUUAAAUCUUGGUGCUUUAAUGUGUAUAGAAUGCUCAGGAAUACAUAGGAAUUUGGGUGCUCAUGUAUCCAGAGUCAGGUCCUUAGACUUGGAUGAGUGGCCGCCAGAACUUGUGGGAGUGAUGACAUUAAUAGGGAACUCUGUGUCAAAUGGGGUCUGGGAGGCCGCAUAUAUAACCAAAGGCAAGGCCAAGCCAACCCCCAGCACACCAAGGGAAGACAAAGAAAAAUGGAUCCGUGCCAAGUAUGAUUUGAAAGAAUUUCUUCCACCUCCUCCACAUAAAGAUCAUCCUUUAGGAAGACAACUCAUAGAUUCUAUAACAAGGGAUGAUAUUAGGUCAACUGUACUUGUCCUCGCACUGUCAACCCCAGAUGAUGUGAACUCCUCCUAUAGUGCACAAGAUGGACGCAAGGCUAUUCACGUGGCGGCUGCCCUGGGAAAGACACCAAUUAUACAAUUAAUACUAUGGUAUGGUGCAGACGUAAAAGCUGUGGACCACGAUGGAAGAACAGCAUUAUGGUAUGCUCGCACAAAAGGAGCACAGGACUGCGUAGACUUGCUGACUCACAAUGGCUGCCCAGAAAACCCCACGUUACCGAGGCGGCGGGGGAGCACUCAACAGAAAAGUUUUAGACAGUGACCCCAGUAUGAAAGGGAGAGGAUCAACAUCCUUGGUGUUUCUAGCAGCAGGCUUCGUCUCAUACCCAGAACCAUGACAGCUUCCAAGAAAUAGAUCUUCACUCAAUGCUCUCGCUGCUGCAGAGUCUCAGAAUAUAGCCGUUUCUAGUACUUUGCCGUAUAUAUAGAAUUCAUACUUUCGACAGCUGAUGUUAGAGAACCGUCUAUGUAGCAACUGCCUUGUUUUGGAUGUACUGUAUCUUAAUGGUGUACUACAUAAAUAAACAGUUGCCUUAUAUUCAUUGCAGAAUUGCUGCUUAGAGAUAUGGUAAUAGACAUGUCUAAAAUAAAAAUCAAUUGUAGGCAUUAUCAUUUGUCUUUACUGAGUAAGAGCAGAGCACAAGCUGUUAUAUCUUAAGGUUUUUCUGAUAUAGUGGGAACCAAUAACUUAUUUGCCCUGAUGUGUAAUGUGAUCUUUUAGAUUGAGUCAUCUCAUUACAAUGUUUAAUCUGUUCAGAAAUAAUACCCAUGUUGAAAUUGGAUGUUUUUCAAUGUUAAACACCUGCAAGCUUUAUUGUUUUCCAAGUGAGUCUCAGACGGUGCUUCCAGUUCUACAAUUGCACA